CAUAUACUAUUUUUUUUUGUGAUCUCAAAAUUGCCAUAGCAACCAUAUAAUAAAACCCCGCUCAAUUUUUUUUUUUGGAUUUGGUGAAAGAGUCGUGCGGGCUGCAAGGACUCCAGAAAGAAAAAGACGCUUACCAACCAACCUAAAGAACUCUCUCUUUUCCAGGUCCUAAAACUUAAAUUAGACGACAAAUGGCUUCACACAAGAUUCAAAAGGCCAGUGGUGCCGCUCCUGCUGACGAAACUGAACUCGCUGUUGCUCAAGCUCUUGUUGAUUUAGAAACUAGCAUUCCUGAACUUCGUCCCCUUGUUAUCUCUAGUGCCAAGGAGGUUGAACUCGGUGCUGGUAAGAAGGCUCUUGUUGUCUUUGUCCCUGUUCCUCAACUCAAGAGCUACAACAAGAUUCAACAAAAGCUCACUCGUGAACUCGAAAAGAAGUUCUCUGAUCGUCAUGUUGUCUUUGUUGCCCAACGCCGUAUCUUGCCUGUUCCCAACCGUCGUAACACCGGUAAGCAACCCCGUCCCAGAUCUCGUACUUUGACUGCUGUUCACGAUGCCAUCUUGGACGAUAUGGUCUACCCUACCGAAAUUGUUGGUAAGAGACUCCGUCAAAAGGUUGAUGGUUCCAAGACCCUCAAGGU